AUGCUUUACCAUGUCCCUCCUGAUUACAUGAGCCUGCGUGUCUUUGGUUGCAUGGCUUAUGCCACUGUUGUUGGAGGUCACAAAACCAAAUUUGCACCUCGUGCCAGGAAAUGCAUCUUCCUUGGCAUUCCCACUGGUAUUAAAGGAUUCAAACUCCUUGACCUUGACUCUGAUCAGGUUUUUGUUAGUAGAGAUGUCCUGUUUCAUGAAGGCAUUCUACCUUUCAAACAAUCCCAGUCUGCCAAUCCUACAACUCUUCCUCCUGAUCAUUCUCCUUCACCUGUCGUGGAUGAUGAUGUCUUUCCACUCUCAUCUGCUGACAUUCCUAACAUUUCCUCUCCUCCUACUGCUAGUCAAUAUCCCUCUGACUCUGACAGUGAGAAUGAUCAGCCUCCUUCCUCACCUAGUCCCUAUCAUACCUCCCCUAGUCCUCAUCAUCCCUCACCUAUUCAUUCUCAUUCCUCACCCAGUCUUUACCAUUACCACUCUCCUCCUUCCUCCAUUCCUUCUACCUCUGCCAAACCUGUAGUUCCCCCUAGGAAAUCCACAAGGGUACCUGUCUUUCCUAAGAAAUAUGAUGACUUUUAUGUUGGUUCAGUCCAAGUCAGUAUGUCCCAUCUCACUCCUCCUCAGCAACAUUUUGCUCUUACCUUGCUUACCAAUGAGGAGCCAGUGAGCUAUGCUGAAGCUGCUAGAGAUCCCAGAUGGCAUGCAGCCAUGAAUGAAGAGUUCAGUGCACUUCAAGCUAAUGACACAUGGGACAUUACUGACUUGCCUGGGGGGGUUAAGCCAAUUGGCUCCAAAUGGGUGUACAAAAUAAAGUACAAGUCAGAUGGAGCCUUAGAAAGGUUUAAGGCAAGGGUAGUUGCUAAAGGCUAUACCCAAAUAUAUGGGAUUGAUUAUUGUGAUACCUACUCACUAGUGGCUAAGAUCACUUUAGUUAAAAUGUUACUGGAUGUUGCUUCUGCUCAGAAAUGGCAUUUACACCAAAUGGACGUUAACAAUGCAUUUCUGAAUGGGGAGCUUGAUGAAGUGGUCUAUAUGGAAUUGCCAUAUGGAUUAAGGGAUCUACUUGAGUACAAAGGGAAGGUUUGCAGACUCAAGAAGUCUCUUUAUGGGAUGAAACAAGCCAGUCGAAUGUGGUAUGCAAAGUUAACUGAGUCUUUACUCAGUAAUGGUUUCAAACAGUCUCUUGCAGACUAUUCCAUCUUCCUUUCCACUGUUCAGGGGCAUCUGGUUGUUUUAAUUGUUUAUGUUGAUGAUAUAGUGGUUGGCAGUGCUAGCCUUGAUGCAGUGAAGGAAGUUAAAAGGAUGUUAAUGUCCUUGUUUAAGAUGAAAGAUCUUGGAGAGUUACAGUACUUCCUUGGCAUGGAAGUUAGCAGAACAGAUAAGGGAAUUCAUGUUUGCCAAAGAAAAUACUGCAUUGAACUUCUUAAAGAAGCUGGUUUUGAUGAGUGCAAGCCAGCAAAGACCCCAUCAAGUGUCAAACAAGUGCUAUCUGCAUAA